CAGAGGGUAUGAAAAGUUAGUAGCCGCGCUUAGGUUAUUCCUUAAACCCUUUGUGUAGUAGUCUUCCCCCAAAACCCAAAACCCUCGCGUACCAGAGAAUGAACAGAGAAGGAAGAGUUGAGAUUGAGGAAGAUGAAGAACAAACCUUCGAAGAAUUGGGACUUGACCCUCGUCUAAUCCGUGCUUUAACCAAGAAAACUAUCGAUAAACCAACUCCUAUUCAGCGAGUUGCUAUUCCUCUAAUCCUCGAAGGGAAAGAUGUGGUUGCUCGAGCUAAGACUGGUUCUGGAAAGACAUUUGCUUAUCUCCUUCCUUUACUUCACAAGCUUUUUACUCAGUCAUCUUCAACAAAGAAUCUUGCUCCUACUGCGUUGAUUCUUGUACCUACAAGGGAAUUGUGUCAACAGGUUUGUUCGGAGGCGAAUUCGUUGAUUGAACUAUGUAGAGUGCAAUUAAGGCUUGUCCAAUUGACAAGUUCUAUGUCUGUUUCUGAAUUGAGAACUACAUUGGCGGGGCCUCCGGAGAUCGUUAUAUCUACUCCUGCUUGUAUACAGACAUGCUUGUCAAAUGGAGUUAUUCAAGGGAAAGCUGUUCAAGAUUCUCUGUCCAUUCUCAUUCUCGAUGAGGCAGAUCUUCUUUUGUCUUAUGGAUAUGAAGAUGAUCUGAAAGCUCUUACAUCUCAUGUACCAAGACGUUGCCAGUGCCUUCUGAUGUCUGCAACCUCAAGUUCUGACGUUGAAAAGCUGAAGAAGCUUAUUUUACACAAUCCCUACAUCCUGACUUUGCCUGAGGUGGGAGAAACAAAGGAUGACAUUAUCCCAAAAAAUGUACAGCAAUUUUAUAUUUCUUGUGCUGCUCGUGAUAAGCUUGUCCAUGUCCUUGCCCUCUUGAAGCUUGAGUUGGUCCAGAAAAAAGUCUUGAUAUUUACAAAUUCAAUUGACACGAGUUUUAGACUCAAACUAUUCUUUGAGCAGUUUGGGAUCAAGUCUGCAGUUUUAAAUGCCGAGCUGCCUCAGAGUUCUCGUCUACACAUCCUUGAGGAAUUUAAUGCUGGGCUAUUUGAUUACUUGAUUGCGACUGAUGAAAGUCAAUCAGAAGGAAAGGAAAAAGUUGAUGAUCAAAAUGGCAGUGAGCGAAAAAAAUCAAAAAAACAUCGAAAGCAUAAAUUGGAUGCAGAGUUUGGUGUAGUCAGAGGGAUAGACUUCAAAAAUGUGCAUACGGUGAUAAAUUAUGAGAUGCCUCAAACAGCUGCAGGCUAUGUACAUCGAAUUGGACGUACUGGAAGAGCAUAUAAUACUGGAGCAUCUGUCUCUCUUGUCUCUGAUGAAGAGACAGAAAUAUUUGAAGAGAUUAAAUCUUUACUGGGGGAAAAUGAAGACAAGGUGUCACAGUUUAUUGCUCCAUUCCCAUUGCUGAGUAAAAAUGCAGUAGAGUCUUUGCGUUACCGAGCUGAGGAUGUUGGAAGGAGUAUUACAAAAAUUGCAGUAAGAGAAUCACGGGCUCAGGAUCUGAGGAAUGAAAUUCUUAAUUCUCAAAAAUUGAAGGCUCAUUUUCAAGAUAAUCCAAAAGACUUAGAUCUUCUGAAGCAUGAUAAGAUGUUAAGCAAGAAAGCACCUGCCGCUCACCUACGUGAUGUACCUGACUACCUAUUAGAUCCAACGACACAAGAAGCUAGCAAGAUUGUGAAGCUGGCCAGAGCUGCAAUGGGCAAUACUAAUCCAUCUCGUGGCAAAGGAUCAAAGGGAAGGUUCAAAAGAAGCAGAGACCCUCUUAAAACAUUUUCAGCUGAGGCACCUAAGCGAGCAGGGAAAGGCGGGAUGAAAAGAAAGGUAAAAGAUACCGAUAAUGGCCAUUAACAUUAAAAGGAACACCCUGCCUAGUUGUUUGAUACAAGGAAUUGUAGUUUAUACGAAAUUUGAAUUAUAUUUAUCAAUCAAUUUUUUUUGAAUGCUUUCACUAACCCUAGUCCCAGGAACCUCUUUUUGCAGUUCGUGAAGGAGUUCAUCCACUCCUCCAACGAACAUGGUUUUGAAAAAGGCGUGGAUCCACGCUUGAACUCUA